UAAUGUAUUUAAUAACUCAACCGUCAAGACUUUGGAAUUAUUGAAGGUAUAAAAAUGAUUGAUUCCGAGUUGCUCUAUCAUCUUCGAUCUGCUGUCCGCUCACCAGCAUAUACAGGGUUGAUAGAAUCGGUACUACCAACACUUAUCGACUGUGUGGCGGAUAUAGGAAGUACACUCAAGAGCUCACAUUAUGUUUCGCAGGCAGGCAGCGCGAACGCGUUCGGCGAUGACCAGCUAAAUGUGGAUGUGCUAGCAGAGAAAAGUAUCAGAACCGCCAUUUCGCGGUGUGCUUUCGUGAUCACCGCGAGUAGCGAAGAGGACCCGGUGGAGCGAGUCGUCCAACAUCAGCAAGAGUCCGUGGCUAAAAAUGUUUCUGAGGAGCAAUAUACGAUCGCAUUUGACCCUCUAGAUGGCAGCUCCAUUAUCGCGUCAAAUUGGACGGUCGGGACCAUCAUCGGUGUUUGGAAAGGGAAAACAGCCCUCGGUCAACCUCCGGCAAGUAGCCAGGUCGCCUCUUUGCUUGGUGUCUAUGGUCCGCGCACUACGGUCAUCAUCGCCCUCCGCGCCCCCGGCUCGGAGCCGAUAUGCCUUGAGAUAGGAAUCGGCGAGGGUGGGGUACGCGGCUGCGAAAUUAUCCGACCUACUAUCCGGCUGGCGGAAUCCCCGUUCAAGACUCGGUACUUUGCUCCCGCGAAUCUCCGCGCCGCAGCGGAUAAUGAAAAGUACAUGAGUUUAGUCUCCCAUUUCAUCCAGAACAAGUACACCCUACGGUACAGCGGCGGUCUUGUUCCGGACGUAGUUCAUGCGUUAGUCAAGGGACAUGGUGUAUAUAUCUCUCCUGUCACCGCGGCCAGCAAGGCAAAGUUGAGACGCCUAUACGAGCUGUUCCCCUUGGCACUAAUCAUCGAGUGUGCUGGGGGGAAGGCGAUCGACCCCGCCGACGGGACGGACAUACUAGAUAAGGAAUUAACGGACCUUAACGAAACCGCAGGAUUAGUUUGCGGGACAGCAGAUGAGGUUGAUUUCGUAAAGAAAGCACUUCUCGACUAGAUGCAAAUAACUAUUAGAAUCUAGGCAAUUAACAUAGAAUAGACGGUUGGCGUCUCUGGUUGUAUUUUUACAAGAUUAAUUCAAUAUCAUUUGACUACCUA